CGACACUACCUUCCUUUAAAAUCCUUUUCUAGCCUGUCAGCGGAAGAGUCUGGCCUGUGUUUCUGAUCACUUCCUGUUUCUCCUCUCAGGGCAAGCUGCUCUGUGAAGGGCGGUUCUUGAGCUCUGAGCAUACUGAGUUGAGGAAACAUGGCUUGAAAGAUGGAUCGGCUUUACAGGGGAGCAGAGUCCAUUGGCUCCUAUACUGCGGAAACCUUUUUCUGGCCGUUCUGUUCCAUCUACAAAAGAUACUGCCUCUCGGCCCCACCAGAAGAGCCAGAAAUUUCAUGGGCUUGCAAUGCCACAGGAGACAGGAAACAGAGCCAUUCUUGCCUGUCAGCCGGCCCCGGUGUGGAAGAAGAAGAAUGUGAACUCGGUCCCCAGAAGGACCCCACAAGGCAGUCGCCCCUGGACUCCGAUCAAGGGCAGACAAAAGGUCUGAAGGAGAAAGAGCUCACCCCAAAGAAACUGCAGCUCCUUCUGGUGGGGAAAACAGGAAGUGGGAAAAGUGCAACAGGAAACAGCAUACUUGGCAGGCAAGAAUUUGAGUCCAAAAUCAGCACUAGACCAGUGACCUUGACCUUCCAGAAAGGGAGUAGAGAGUGGGAUGGAAAGGAGGUUGAGGUGAUCGACACCCCGGACAUUUUGUCACCUCAGUAUCAGCCUGAAGUGGCAGCUGAGAAGAUCUGUGAAGUCUUGGCCUCUCCAGGGCCCCAUGUGGUGCUCCUGGUGAUACAGGUAGGCCGGUACACAGCAGAAGACCAGCAAGCUGCCAGGCGCCUCCAGGAGAUCUUUGGAGAAGGGAUCCUGGCUUACACCAUUCUGGUGUUCACUCGGAAGGAAGACCUGGCUGGGGGCUCCUUGGAGGAAUAUGUUCAAGAGAACAACAAUAAGAGCCUGGAUGAUCUGCAUGUUGCGUGUGAGAGGCGACACUGUGGCUUCAACAACAGGGCACAAGGGGAUGAGCGGAAGGCCCAACUGAAGGACCUUAAGGAGAAAAUCGACUUGGUCUUGUGGGAAAACGAGGGCCACUGUUACACCACAAAACUUCCAAAUGUUCCCAGCAAAGCAGUUUAACUACAGAGCAAGGCUCUGAGGAGGAAUCCCUCAAGGAGUCCUGGCUGAAAGGUUGUGCCAGAUCACGAUGGCUUUUGAAAAGACCUGUAGGUACCUGAUAGGGAGGGCAUCCUGACGAGUGCAGGACGACCAACGCAGGAGUGUCUUAGUUAGUGUUCUCUUGCUGUGAAGAGACACCAUGACCAUGGCAACUCCUAUGAAAGAAAGCGUUUAUUGGGACUGGCUUACGGUUUCAGAGGCUUGGUCCAUUAUCGUCAUGGCUGGGAGCAUGGCAGGAAGCAGACAUAGAGCUGGAGAAGUAGCUGGGAGUUUACAUCCAGAUCCACAGACAGCAGUUUGAGGGAGACUCUGGGUUUGGAAUGGGCUUUUUGAAACCUCAAAACCCACUCCCAGUGACAGACUUCCUCCAACGAGGCCACACCUCCUAAGCCUUUCAAACAGUGCCACUCCUGGUGACCAAGCACUCAAAUCUAUGAGCCUAUGGUGGUCAUUCUAAUUCAAACACCACAAGGACAUUCCAUCAGCAGCUGUACCCUGUGUCCAGCCCUUGUUGUCUGCUCCCUCUGUCUCCAAAGAGAACUUUCCAGUCCUUAGGUCAGACAGUCAGGUGUGGCAAUGGGCUGAGGCCUCAGUUCAGGGGACCCAGCUACAUUCUGUGUCCAGCUAUGUCGUUUUUCUGAACACAUGGGUCCUCCUUACACUUAGCCCAUAGCACAGCGCCCUGACAGGGGACUUUCUGUCCCACUGAUAUCACAUUUUUAUGUUCUGUGUCCAAUCUCUGAUACAAACAUAGCCAUUGUCUGACUCUUUCUUUCAUGUAAGUUGCGCAGCUGCCUAGCCAAGGUCAUCAGGGUUGAAUCAACCCAGGGACAGCCAUGGACCAGAUGGUUAUAUAUUUCUUAAGUUUCAUCCUUGUCCAUAAAGAGGGACAGACAUUAUGAUUACAAGAGGCCUGCCCUGUGUAAUGGGUAGAAAAUGACAACAAGACAGACUAGAGAGGCCCAGACCAUCAGGGUUUUCUUCCACGAUGUGACGUGUGUUCAUAGGCUGUGCUCUAUAACCGUGUUCUAAGCACGGAUGUAAGGUGUUUUCAUAGGCUGUGCUCUAUAACCGUGUUCUAAACACUGAUGUAAGGUGUUUUCAUUGGCUGUGCUCUAUAACCGUGUUCUAAACACUGAUGUAAGGUGUUUUCAUUGGCUGUGCUCUAUAACUAUGUUCUAAGCACUGAUGUACUUCCAAGCUUUUGAGAGACUUUGCUGCAAUGGCCACAUGUGCACAGUGACUAACUUUGAACCAUUUAUGUCCUUCCUGGGAUGAGGGGCAUCUAGUGCCUCUUCCGUCUUUUGCGAGCUAAGAACGGUUGGAACAAAUGUAUGCAAGCAGAUCACCAUGCAAGUGCAAACCUUGCAACAGGACACGGCAGAGACUCCAAGGAGUCAGAAAUCUGAGGGCGCCAACCCAGAAACCUUGCCUGUGUGCUGUCUCCCUGGGCUUCACCAUAGACUCCCAAUAAAGUCGUGUUCCGUGGGUACCGCUCGCCUCUUUGUGAUUUUUGUCUGACUUGGGAAAAGAAACUUGAACUGAUUGGUAAGCACAGUGGCUCUGAUAUGCAUGGCAAGAUAUAUCCUGGGCUAU